AUGAGUGAUAUUAAAAAACUACCAAAAAUUUGUGAGAUUUGUGGCGAAAAAGCUAAUGGCCGUAAUUUUUCGGUCAUAAGUUGCGAGUCGUGUAAAGCAUUUUUCCGUCGAAAUGCAUUCAAAGAAUCAUUGGAUUGUCCAUCAAAUGGCAAUUGUAUUAUAACAGCAAAGACACGAAAGUUAUGUCAAAAAUGUCGUCUAAAUAAAUGUUUUACCGCCGGAAUGAAAAAAGAAAUGUUGAAAAACAUUGAGGAAAGAGAGUCAAGAAAAAAGUUAGUCGAAGAAAAUCGACAGAAAAAACAACUAAAACAACAACAAUAUUGUGUUGAAGACAACAUCCGUUCAGUGGAGGAGUCGUCCACAAUGACUACCGGUUCGCCACAAUCACAGACAUCUCCACCACAUAUCGACACUGAUAUCAUACCUGACGAUAACGACUGUAAUGAUUAUCUGAUGAAAAUAAUUGACAGCACAUUGAUUAUCAGCGACGAUGAGCUCAGGGAUCAGAUUCAGAUGGAAAACUUUGAUGAUGACGAUAUCAUCGACAACAACGAGUUGGCCGAUAAAAACACUACUUACAGCAUAUUUGACGGCACACUACCAUUGGAACGGCUGAUGAGAUUAAAGCAUAGAGUGGUUCCCAUAUAUCGGGAACUGGUCGACCAUAACGGCCUGAAUCAGUUGGAGACCAACCGUAUCACUGAAAUUAUAGACUCAUCCGCAAAACUAUUCCAGUUUACACUCUGUAAGGACAACAUAAUCAAGAUGUCAAACAUGUUGGAAGUGAUACAACUGUCCGCACGAAUUACUGAACAGUCGGUCAUGAAUUGUAUUAAUUUUACAAAAAGUUUACAAUCAUUUAGAAAUUGUUGUCCGGAUGACCAGUUGUCGCUAAUCAAGUACGGGUGCGGAGAGAUAUUGUUUGUCCGGUCCAUCGAUUUUUAUGAUAAAAAACUAAAAAAUUUUAUCAUACCUAUUGAUUCAAAAACAUCAAUAUAUGCCGAUAUGCAAGCUUUUUGUAACGAAUAUCCCGAUUAUUACAAUAGUUUUAUGCAAUUAUUUUAUAAAUUAUUAGACAAAUUUUUACCGGCUUGGAAUGAGGAUAGAGUCAUAAUUGAUCUGUUGUCAGUAAUUUUGUUGUUUGAUCCGAAUCGACCAAAUCUUAAACACCGUCACAAUAUAAAACUUGAACAACAAUUAUACAUAUAUUUGUUGCAACGAUAUCUGCUAUUGAAACUAAAAUCCGAGUCCGAGUCCUGCGAUCAGAUCUAUCGGCUGAUGACAACAGUGUCCGAUACGCAUACAAUCAGUAAUCUUCAGCGACAUUACGGUAUCAAAGAGUAUAAAAAAUAUUUGAAAUAUUACGGACCACUGCUUCGGGAGAUGUUUUGGCCAGAUUUGGAUGACGACUAA